UCUGCCUGGGCUCAGUGUGAUAUUAACACACAAUGAUUUUCAUUAAGAUCUAAUCUAGAUUCCAAUGAAUCAUUUUCAGCAAUGAAUCCAACAAAUUAAAAACUUUCAAUUUUCAUUUAACCAAUAGUUAUGAAUAAUAGUGCUUAUUAUUAAUUAAGAUGAAAAACUACCCACAACUUCUUCGAAGACCCUUACCUCCAAAACUCCCCAAGUUGCCUUUGUAUAAGAAAGGCAAGACUGAUAAAACUAUGCCAUCACAAGUAGGAUUUAUUCAAGAUGAAAUCACUUCCAUCAUUCAAAGAGAUGUUGUUAAUUUUCCUGAUGUUUCAAGAACUCAGUCACCACCAGCCCCUGUCACUAUUCAUACUGUGUUUAUUGAUGACCAAGUUCAAGAAAGAGUGGCAACAAUUACAACAUCCCCAAAGUUGUCUAGGGCAAAAAUUUUUGUGCAAGUUUCAAAGACCAUUACCGGUUCUGUUUUUUUCCCAACUAGUCAUCCAGCUUCAUCUCGUAUUUUUAAGAGAAAAAAGAGGCGAAGGGAAAGUUCAAGAAAAUCAAAGGAAGAAUCAGGACAAUUAAAAUAUAUUUAUUUGGGUAGCAAUAUAAAAGAACUUCAGAUCACAGAUUUUAACAAACCUUUAAAUGUUCAUUCCUCGGUUCCUUAUAGACACAAAGAUUAUUUACUGUUAUCCAAGUACUCAGACCAUGCUUUAAAGAAAAAGCAGAUGAAUUUUAGUGCACCAGAGACAACUUCUCGACUAGGAACAACACCUAUUAAACAAGAAAGACGAUGGCUUAAGCAGUUACAUCAAACUACUGUAUCGCUAAGUGUUACUGAUUUCCCAGGUCCCAUUUCCUUACCAAAACCACAAUUACCAAGAAAACCAGCAAGACAGACGGAGAUAGAAGCUGAAAAUGUAGCAAAUAUCCUAAAGCCAAAAAAAUCAGUUCACUCUGAAGCUCCCAUUAAAAUAAAAUUGGAUCCAGAGACACCUUCAGUACAUGGUGAAGGUUUAACCACUAUUGCAGCAACAUGUUAUGAGACAAUAGUAUCUAUGACCAACCUGGCCAUAAAAACCUGUCAAAUAUACGGGAGAAAUGCACUUAAUCUUAAGGGCUUCUUUAUCACAUACUGUCCUGAUUUAACAGCUUUGGCUUUUCAAUUGGUCUACCUUAACUUAUCGUUUAAUCAUCUCUCUUUGUUUCCCACAGAAGUAUAUUGUCUUAAAAAUCUACAAGUAUUGAUACUGAGAAAUAAUCCCAUCAAAGAAAUUCCUUCUGAAAUUCAGCAACUUAAGUUCCUUAGAAUUUUCAAUAUGGCCUUUAAUUAUAUUACUAUGAUUCCACCUGGGUUUUUUUCUUUGUCUCACCUUGAGAAGGUUGAUCUCUCCUACAAUGAUAUCCCUCUUGUUCCAAAUGAAAUUCAUAAACUCAGAUCUCUUGAAAAGCUGAAUCUUAAUGGGAAUGAACUGACUUCAUUUCCACCUGCACUGUUGAAGCUUAACCUGAAAACAAUCCUAUUUGAUAACAAUUUCACUCAUCCUAAUUUUUGGAAAGAGAAUUCUUUGAAUAAUCCACAGCGUCUCAUUCAUCUUGCUAGUCUGUCCUUUUUAAAAAGUAACCAGUAUAUGCAGUAUAGUGUGAUCCCAGAGGAAAUUCAAAUGUUACUGAAAAGCACAUCCAGAUGUGAUUGUUGUCAUGGCCCCAGAUUUGGUGAAGGUUUCCGCAUUAUCCGAGGCUACAACAUUUUUGGAGUAACAAAUCUUCCUAUUUUAUUUAAUGUCUGUUCUUCUUCCUGCUAUAGAGCUGUAAAGGAAGGCAACUGUCUUCUAGAUAAUACAAGCAUAACCAGAAUUAACUCUAUAUUUUGAAUUGUUUUGCCAUGUGAUGAUUUAUGAGCCCACUAUCUGAACAGUCACAUAAGCCAUUAGGGUUUAUUGUUUACAGGUAACUAAUUUAUUUGAGAGUAUAGUCUCCUUAUAAAAGUCACGGGUAUUUCUCCUGUAAUUCUUUGUAAAUUUGAUUGCUUAUUAAAGUUUGUGUUAGGUACUUACUGCAGAAUAAUUACUUAUGAAGGAUUAGUAAAGAUCUUUAAAUUUUGAUGAGAAUGUAGAAGACUUUUUAAAACAUGCUUACUGAAAGAAAAAUGUUAGCAUUCAUGGAAAAAGGUAUUAUCAGGUAACUGGUCUUUAAAACAUCCAUACUAAGUUAUAAAAAUCCCAUUUCAAAGUCAUUUGUUGGGUGUUUCCUAUGGAUAUAAAGUCAUGUACCCAAGUUAUCAACAUUCGUGCAUUUUUGUGGAGAUAUGUCGAGUGUCAACCAUCUCAGUUGUGGAUUACUUAUGGGAAUAAAUGAUUAACUCCAGCCUU